AUGCUCGCAUCUCACAUAGUAUCAAUAGAAACUUUGUCGAAAGAGCAUGUUGUGAUUCUUACUAAAUCCAACAAGGAUGUUGAGGAUUCUAAGAAAACUUGCAAGGAUACAACCGAAAAAGUUGAAAAACUACUUUCUGAGGUUACUACUUUCAUGGGUACUUUCCAAAGCUCUUUUGAAUCAAAUACAACGAAUGUGAACAAAUUGAUUUCUAGUCUUGUUGCAACUCUUCAUACCGAGAAAGCAUCACUUGAAAAGCUAGAUUUUCCUAUUACUCCGAAGGCAUUCCUGUUUUGGAGUUUUGACAAAGUUGAGAAAGCUCCUGAGUCUGAUCACGAUGCUAAUGUUUUGCUUAUCUCCUUUUAUCUGAAGCAUGGCAAGCCCCAAUAUCAAACCUGGAGUUCUAAGAAGAUUAGAGAUGUGAAGGUUUAUCGCCCCAUUGAAACUGAAAGCUUCCUGAAUGUGAGACUUAAAACAGCUAGAGGUGUUGUGAUUUCGAUGUUUGAGUUUAUACUCGAAGACUUGUUGUUCCUUAACCCAUUUGACUGGAUCUAUCUAUUUCAUCUCUUGCUAAAGGAUGAACAUAAAUAUGAACCUAUUGAGGCGCAUCUCAAAAGGAUGCUAAUCUCGUACAUACAAGAAUUUGGAAAAAUGGAUGUACAUAUUCUGGCAGUUUUACGAAGGAAGCCUAUUGUUAAUCUGAAAGAAUCUUCGAAAGACAUUAACAAGAUGAAGCUCAGAAGGAUUAAGAAAGAAAACCGGAGCGUAAUGUUACAACAAAGUGCGAGAGAGAGUUCGAAUCUUCAGAAGUGUUUGUUCACCCUUUAUGACAAACAUAUUUACUCCACUUCCUGCUUGAACUACAAUUUGGAGUUGAUUGGGAGAACAAAGCGAAUGCUGCUACGUGCAACAGAUGCUUCGUAG